GCGCGUCUUCGCCGUGCCCUAAUAUCUGGGCAUCUUAGUUCGGAAGCACUUCAACAUAUCGCAUUAUCGGCAAAUGUAGCAGCUCGUAGUUGUGCACCUAUUAGUAAAAUGGGAAACAUCUCUUCAGAUAUCGAUUCUAUAAUACCUACUGCUGACACCUUGGUUGGAAUAAUUGAAUCUACACAUGAUGCAUUAGCUGAAGGCAUCGGAGACCGGCAACUUUUAUUAUCUAUUUGUUCUACGGCGUCUGCCGAUUCUCGGGCUAGACAUCAAACAGCCUCGGCCAACCGAGCAAGGCGUUCGGCUCUUGGAUUUGCCUGGAAGCCGGGAAAUUCAGAUGUAAAAUCUUGUGAGCUC